UCUUUACGCACAGGCUAAAUGUCACAAUAAUGAUCUUGGGAUUAAAUGCAAAGGUAAAUGUUCACAGUGUAUUAUUAGUUUCAAAGCAAAUACAAAAGCGAACAGCGUAUCAACAAACGCACCAGGAAAACUUCAAAAUUCGUACAGAAUAACUACUAGAAGGAGCAGAGAUGGAGUCACGCCGAGAAAAAAUGCAUAUAAACUUAAUGGAAGGAAGCUCCAAGAGUCAACAAACAGCCCUCUAACAGUAGAAUAUUCGACUACAAUGUCUGUCUUGGACGAACGGCUCCAUUUUCUUACAGAUAACAAUAUUACUAGAACAAGGAAACAUUUACCUGGACACCAUGUUGCUGAAUCAACAGAAAAUACAGAUGUAAGCCAGGAAGUUCAGGGAGCAAUAGAAAAACCCUUGUGUAAGAAUGGUGUGUGUAAUUCUACACAAAGCAUCUCACAGUCUACUGAAUCUACCAUUCUUUCCAUCAUUAAGACCACAACGAAAAACACGAUCAUUGGAACAAUCAUGACUACAUUAGAUAUGAUAGUACCGACAACAACUGAAAAAGCUAAGAUAUCAAAGUCAACAAAGGAUGGCAAGAAUAAAAAUGACUUUACAGUAAGUUCAUCUACAACCACUCCAACUACCAAAAACAUUACGUCAAUAAAUUUAAAGACAACACAAUCUAUGUUGAUAAAUCUGUUGAAGACGUCAUCGGAACGAUCGACUUGGUCGCCAGUAACAAAAAUUGAUUCACAAGUAACUCCUCAGGCCACAGAUAUGCAGUUCCCAACUGAGAUAGACUUUUUGCUAUUCUGCACAGAUGUUGAUUCUAAAGUAUGCCCGAAGACGUUGGAUCCUCUCUGUGGUACAGACAAUCAAUUCUAUUUAAAUCUUUGCACAUUUAACAAAUCCAAAUGUAAAGACAAAACAUUGAUGCUGCGAGAUGAUUUGAGUACUUGUCGGCAGAUUAAACAAUAAUGAAAGGAAUUCCUUUAUCCACCGUGACGUGUUCCUAGACACUGUGUAAUACAUGCGUAAUUGUUGAUCUUGCCAAAUUAUAAUUUCUGGAACAGCAUAAUAUUAACUGUUAUUGAGAUUAUCACUGUUAUGUUUGAAUUAUUUUUAAUUGUUGUUCAUAUACUAUUUCAGAAAAUUUAAUUCAUAUAUAAUAUAUACAUGUACAUGCUUUGCAACAUUAAUUGAUGACCCUUUAACAAAAUAUAAUGAUUUAUAGUUAUUUAGAAUUGUCAUAAUCAUAACUUACCUGAACGAAAAUGAUGAUGAAGGUUUUGUUAAAUGCAUUUAAAACAUAUAUACUAUUUGAUUAAAUAGUAUUACUAAUGUAUUUAUGCAGAUAAUUAAAGUAGUUCAUUUCUCAUUCAAAUUGCAUAUCAUGUUUGUAGUCAAAUGUUAACUGACAAGUUAUCUCGUUGUAAUUGCUAAAUUCCCCAUAAAUACGUGGACCUAGAAAUUGACAGUGAUGGUCGUUUGAGAAAUAAACUUUACACCAACAUGGGUGCAUUCGGUGUUCCAUUGUUACCUUUCCAAUAUCAUGUAGCAACAUUCAGCAGCACUUGCAUGUGGUGAAUAUAUGUCUUAGUUGAUAAGAUAUUUCAGGGAUUGUGUUUCUUAUAAGAAUUUCCUUGACAGAAGGUUGCAUUUUGCGUAGAUAUGAGUAACACGACUUGUGUCACUAGUGGAGCAGAAAAUGCCCUCCUUGGCAACAAGAUUUAAUUCGAGGUUUUUAGUCAGGUGCGUGUUGCUGAAUCUUUAAUAGAUGUUUAUGGUGUGUUUUGUGUAUGAAUGUUUGUCUUUUGUUUUAAUUCAUCCUUCGGUGAUGGUGUUGUCCGCCUUUCUUAGACUAAUGCUCUUUGAUUGGCCUCUUGCUUUCUUUUAACUUUUGAACAUAUUAUUCGGGACAAAAAAAAGAAGAAAAAGGGACGAUUGUUAUUGUCUCAUUGACCCCAUGUUAGUUUCAAUUUGCUGUAUUCAAUCGAAAAAAUGCAAAGAUUUGAAUUACUGAUUCGAUCUGGCAGGUAAUAGUACGGCCAUAUCAAAAUGGAAAUACCGCUCUGUUAGACCACUCGGGUUAAAAAGCGAAUAACAUACAGUAAUAUAGAUAGCAAUAUUAAUAUAUUUCAUUACAAUAAUUUGAACUACCCCAAUAUUUUCAUAAUUGUGUUAUUUGAGUGUUAAUGAUAUAGCUUUAAGCAGACAAAUUAACAAGACAAUAGUUUAUUUACAGUUAAACUAUGUUAAACUUAAAUAAAUGUUAUAUUUUA